CGUCACAACAACAGACAGGAAGAUGAUGAAGAGACAACAUUCCGUGUGCUCAUUUAUAGCAUACAUACAACUAUGCUUUAUUAUAUCAUUUUCAAGUGGAAUGACAGAUCGAGACAGAAUAAAGUUAAGGGAAGAAGUUCGUGGGAUGUUUUACCAUGCCUAUGGGGGCUACAUGAAGUAUGCUUAUCCCUACGAUGAGUUACGGCCUCUAUCAUGUGAUGGUCAUGACACCUGGGGCAGUUACUCCUUGACGCUGGUCGACGCCCUAGACACUCUCGCUAUAAUGGGAAACAAAACUGAAUUCCAGCGAGUGGUGAAGCUGAUCACAGACAGGGUGAAAUUUGAUGUUGAUAUAAAUGUUUCUGUAUUUGAAACAAACAUAAGAAUACUCGGUGGACUUUUAAGUGGACAUCUCAUGAGUAAAAAAAUGGGCAUUGUUGUGGAGGAUGGGUGGCCUUGUGCUGGACCACUUCUGAGGAUGUCAAAGGAUGUAGCUGACAGACUCCUGCCAGCAUUUGAUACACCGACAGGAAUGCCAUAUGGUACGGUGAACUUCAAAGACGGUGUGCCAGAAGGGGAGACGCCAGUAACCUGUACGGCUGGUGUGGGCACUUAUAUUAUAGAGUUUGGUACACUGUCCAGGCUCACUGGUGAUCCAGUCUAUGAAGAGGUGGCCAUGCGUGCUUUGCAUGCUAUUUGGGAUCAUCGUUCUUCAAUCAACCUCGUAGGUAACCAUAUUGAUGUGUUAACAGGAAGAUGGGCUGCUCAGGAUUCUGGGAUAGGCGCAGGCAUUGAUUCCUAUUUUGAGUAUCUCGUUAAAGGAGCAGCUCUGCUACAGAGGCCAGAAUUAAUGGCUAUCUUCAAUGAAGCCAGACCAGCGAUUGAUAAAUAUCUCCGCCAUGAAGACUGGUACUUGUGGGCCACAAUGACCAAGGGAUAUGUAACUAUGGCAGUGUUUCAGUCCCUUGAAGCCUAUUGGCCAGGGGUCCUGACUCUCAUGGGUGAUAUUAACUCAGCACAGAGAAUUGUGUUUAAUUAUCAUCAGGUGUGGAAGCAGUUUGGAUUUACACCUGAGUUCUACAGUAUCCCACAGGCUGAAGCUCCAGUUAACCGUCAAGGCUACCCACUGCGGCCAGAGCUGGUAGAGUCUCUGAUGUAUCUGUACCAAGCUACCAAGGAUGACAGAAUUUUGGAGAUGGGUGCUGAUAUUCUGGCCAGCAUACAGCACACAGCUAAGACAGACUGUGGUUAUGCUAGUGUAAAAAACGUAAAUGAUCACACCAUAGAGAACAGGAUGGAAAGUUUCUUCCUGGCAGAGACCACCAAGUACCUGUUCCUGCUGUUUGACUCGGAGAACUGGAUGCAUAACAACGGGGGGACGGGGAAAAUCCACAAAGUUGGCAGCAGGGAGUGUAUCAUUGAAGCUGGUGGAUAUGUGUACAACUCAGAAGCUCAUCCUGUUGACCCGGGAGCCUUAGCGUGCUGCCAUACAAAAGAGGAUGAUUGGUCUCUGUCCGUUAGUGACCAGGUAGCCCUUAUACUGGAUCCUACAGCACCCUGGCUGGAACACAAAGGAAACAAAAUGAAUAAAGAAGAACCUGCAAAAAUUGUAGAAGAGUGUGAGGAGACCCAGAAUAAACCCCCAGCACAAGAUGAACUCGAUAAAGAAGCAGUGUGGAAGGAGGAUUCUAGUGAGGAUAUUAUUAAUACAGUCAAGGAAAAUGAAAAUGUUUUAACAAUUACUCAACCUCUUAAUGAUGUUAUUAGAGUCAAAGAUAUCCAACAGGUUGUGGUAUCUGAACCUGAUAAUGUUGAGAAAGUAAAUGUAGGUUCAGAAAGCAUUGAGACCAGAACAGGGCAUGAUCUAACUCCCAGCAAAAUGUUAGACUAUUCAGAUGAUACACUCCAAGAAAACAAGGAAGUAAAUGCAGAAAGUUCUUUAGAUAGUAUAUUUGAAUCUGAGGGUAAUGAGAGAGAUGAUGAGGGAUCUGAAGCAAGUUUAAGUCUAGGUGGUGGGCAAAGUGAUAUAAAACAAACUGAUACGACCCAGAGAGAAAUAAUAAUUGAAAGCGAUGGAAGCCCAAGAGUAGUGAAGAAGGAUGGUGGGCCAAGGUUUUCAUCUCUGAGUGAGACUGCUGAAAGGGGACUAGGUGGUAACACAUCUGGUAUGGAAGCAGCCAGUAUCACGCCCAGUGUAUCCAGCUCUAAAUACAGCACAAGUUCGGGUUCACCUCGCAUGAUUAUUGAACCCAAGGACACCAAGACUACUAAACCCGUAAAGAAAGAAUUUGUGCUCUCAGAUCUCAAGGAGAGAUUAAUUAUUGAUCUUGAAAAUUAUAAGAAUUUUACGUUAUCAUCCAGUUAUUUGCUUCUCUCGUGCCCACAUCCACCCUUUACUCACAUGUUAAACUUUAAAGGUCAGGUGUUUAAUCCAUAAUACUAUUCUUGUACUUAUAAAUCUUACAUUUAUUAUAUCAGAAUUUAUUAGCAUGUUUGUAUACAUGAGGAUGUGGCAGAUGUAAAGCUUAAUUGUGAUAUAAUUUAUUUUCUUCCUCAUGGCUGAUUUAAUCUUGGUUUAAUACUGAAAUACUGUAUCUGCAGUAAAUUGAAGUUGGUCACAUUUAUCAUUGAGAAUUAAAAUGGUAAAGGUAAAUAAGUGUCCUACAGCACAAUAUGUUGGUUCAGCAGGUGAUGGGUACGUUACUCCAUAAUGUCUCUCUCUGCUGAACCACCAAGUGAUAGGGCUAUUCAUCAGAGCAACUCGAUGGUAUUUACAGUAUAUAUAUCUCACACUACUAAAACACCUAGUGAUUGGGCUUUGAUCAGAGCUUCAAUCAAGACUGCUGCCUCCUGUAGCUCAACCUUGCCAACAGAGGAUCCAUAGCAGUGUUCACAUCUCAGGUUUUCCCAAGAAAGGGUGUCUUGGUUUCAACUGUAGUUCUAGUACAGGACACUCAUUUGCUUUCGGGUCCAAUAAUUCAAUGUUUUCUUGUCCUAAAGCCAGUUUUAAUGGUCCUUA